AUGCAAGCCGCUUUCCUUCGAGAAUACAAGUUGGUCGUGGUGGGAGGUGGUGGUGUAGGAAAGAGCGCACUGACAGUGAUGUUCAUCCAAGGUCAUUUUGUGGACGAGUAUGAUCCGACCAUCGAGGACUCUUACCGAAAGCAAUGCGUCAUUGAUGAAGAGGUCGCAUUGCUGGAUGUGUUGGAUACUGCGGGGCAAGAAGAGUACAGUGCGAUGCGAGAGCAAUACAUGCGCACAGGCGAGGGUUUCUUGCUCGUCUAUAGCAUCACCUCGAGGAACAGCUUUGAGGAGAUUACGACAUUCCACCAGCAGAUUUUGCGCGUCAAGGACAAGGACUAUUUCCCAGUGAUCAUUGUUGCGAACAAGUGCGAUUUGGAGUACGAGAGGCAAGUGGGCAGUCAUGAGGGUCGCGAGUUGGCCAAGCACUUUGGAUGCCGUUUCAUCGAGACUUCGGCAAAGCAGCGCAUCAACGUCGACGAAGCCUUCUGCAACCUCGUGCGCGAGAUUCGUCGCUUCAAUAGGGAGCAAGCUGGUGCGAGGCCUGGUGCACCAGGAGCAAUGGGAGCUGUGGGCGGUAUGGAGUAUGCGCAACCGGGGGGAAACAAGCAAGAAGGAAGUUGCUGCGGUUGCAAAUGCGUGGUCUUGUGA